GCCCCAGUCUGCGUUGUCUUGAUCUUUACAUCUUAUCUGGAUUCAUGAUAAUGCAGCGAAGAACCCCAGACAGUGGUCAGCAGGAGUACACAGAAUUUUGCCCAGGCGCUGUACCAUGUGAUAGGUCAUGUGAGGUUAUCCAUUGGCCAUGCCCAAGUAGAUGCCAGCAACCUGCUGUAGUCUCCGUUGCUACGACGCUUGCCACGUACAAACGAGUGUCUUCACUCUGUGAAAUAGGACUAACAGAAGUACUUAGCAAGCACGGGAAAAAAGACUACAUCCAUCGAACCCCUAUGUCCCGAAAGAUCCACCAUGUUCACAGUGCAACCAGCAAUCACAAAGUACCAUACAAGCCUCUAUAACUUCCACUUGGCCGACCUACGAGAUCUUACAGACUCACACCUAGCUGCCAUUAACGAAGCUGAAGCGAUGGCGAUUCCGCAGUCCAACAAUCCUACUCCACCUCUCACCGAGCAAUUCACAGAGCUUAAUACUUCCCUUACUAGCCUUACCGCAGGUAUUGAUUCAUUCUUUGAAGGACUGCCGGCGAUCCACGCAGUAGAUUCCCGGCCGUACCCCGACCCGAACCGGCACUUCAAGGCCUACGUGCGCACCACGUUGACUACGCUGAAGCCGUAUCUCGAUGUGCAUCGCGGCGUCAUGAGGGCAUUGGCGUCAACGCUUAGGGAUUGCGAGCAGAGUCGCGGGAGCGAGAUCUCGAGGCAGCAGGUCGACGACUUGGAGAAGCUGGUGAAGGAGAUGGGAGAGGUUGCAAGCGUGAUGCAUCGGACUUUCGGAUAUCCGACUGUAUCGAGGAGCAAGGGAAUGGUAGUGGAAUCUUUGAAGGGGGUGCAACAGAGUGUAAAGCGGGAGCAGGAGCUCGUGAAAGUUUUGCUGGAGGAAGGGAAUGUGAAAGACUGA